UUCAACUUCUCAAAUUUAACUUAAUAAGGCAAGAAAGACCGACCGAUCGAUCGAAAUGGGUGUUCUGGAUCAUAUCUCUGAGAUCUUUGAUUUCUCUUACAGGUGUAGUAGUAGAAGGAAGCUCAAGAAGCACAAGCAAUUGCAGACGGUGGAGAUGAAGGUCAGGAUGGACUGUGAAGGGUGUGAAAGGAAAGUGAAGAAAUCAGUGGACGGGAUGAAGGGAGUGACACAAGUGGAUGUGGAGCCCAAGAAAAACAAGGUCACGGUUACUGGGUAUGUGGACCCAAAGAAGGUGUUGCACCGUGUCCAGUAUCGGACGGGGAAGAAGGCGGAGUUUUGGCCUUACAUCCCAUACGAAAUGGUGGCCCACCCAUACGCUCCAGGUGCUUACGAUAAAAAGGCCCCAUCUGGGUACGUGCGCAACGUUCUGGUGGACCCACAGUCCUCCAAGUUGGCACGUGCCAGCUCUCUGGAGGAGAAAUACGUCUCCGCCUUCAGCGACGAUAACCCCAACGCUUGUUCCGUCAUGUGACAGACCACACAUCCACUCUCUCUCUCUCUCUUAG